CAGAUCAAACAAGUUCGCAGGCCUCAAGACUCUUAUGUUAUUCUCCCCCCGACCACGAUCGCUUGCACGCCCAGGCCUGUGGAGCAGAGGUGAAGAUACCAUUGUGCUGAGCGCUUUUCCUAUGUUGCGUUGGAGUGGAUAAAGUGGGCCACCAAAAUCGUCAAUAUGCCAUCCAAUGACUACGUUUGCGACCGAGGGCCGCAGGCCUGCGGGUGUCGAAGAUCAACUGUAUUAUGAACGCUCCCUCAGCAGAUUCACCCUUCCUGUUACUAUCGAGGUCUUUGUUUUUGGCGAGGACGCUCGUUAUGACACCAUGCCUGCUGGAACCGCUCAUGUUAGCUCCUUCUCUUCGCUUUGCCUCAAUUUCGUCUCUCGUUCGCUUGCUCUUGCCCGGUGCUCUUUCGCUUUCCUUCAGCUGGUUCUUGUCUCGUAUAUUUUUUCACCCCUCACAGUUCACAUGAUUCUUGCACGUAUCAUCUUCAUGGUGCUCUCGUUCUCACCGCCUUCGUUGUGGCUACCACGAUCAACAUUCAUGUUGUACUGUACAAUGUACACAAUGAACCACA